AUGCACCGCACCGUCACUCGUCUAUCAUUCCACGCCAUUUCGCAGUGCCGCCUAGCGUCCUGCAGUGUGCGACGCUCAUGUCUGCCAUUGCAUACGCCGACUCUGCAAAGUCGUACCUUUGCCAUUUCUCCCGCGCUGUACAAGAAGAAAGAUAAAGUCAAGCACAGUUCAGCUUCUGAGCCAGGGGCCAGCCUCGCUGCAGCUUCCGAAGACCCCUUCAACUUAUCCCUUCUUCAUAAUGGAAUUUCCACGGCCGUUUCUUGUCUGAAAGAUGACCUGUCGAACCUCCACGCAGAUGGACAAUUCAACACUGCAUCUCUUGAAGCUCUAAAUGUUGAAUUGAGCAAGGACAGUCAUGAAUCAGUCGAGCUGAGGGACCUCGCUCAGGUCGUGCCCAAGGGAGGGCGGAUGGUUACCAUCUUAGCCGCUGAACAAGAUUACAUCAAACCAAUUACAUCGGCGAUUGUUACAAAAGUGUUCUUAAAUCCGCAACCGGAUCCUCACAACGCCCUUCAGCUCAACAUCCCGAUUCCUCCACCGACCAAGGAAUCCCGCGACCAGAGCGUCAAAGUGGCCAAGCGAGCCUUUGAGAAGGCAGCUGGCACGGUCCGUGACUCUAGAGGGGCUAUGCACAAGCGACUCCAAGACAUGCAGAAGAAAAAAUUAGCACGUCCGGACGACGUAAGAAAAGCUCAUGAGCAGAUGGAGAAGGCAACAGAAAAGGGCCAGAAAGAGGUCAAAGAUCUGUUUGACACGGCCAAAAAGGCACUUGAACGGACACACAAGCCCUAG